AUGUACACUCCGAUAAUGGCACAGGGACACAUCCUCCAAUAUUUUCUCUCCAAGCUCAAGAGACUUGCAGCGAAGACCAAAAAGGUCCGAUUCGAAGAGUCUGCUCUUGAGAUAAAGUCUGCCUCAGAGUCUGACCCAGAGAGCUUUGGAUGCCCCUUGAAGAGAGUACCCGCACCUUAUCACCACGAGAUGAAGCCCGAUCUGAAGUUGGAAUCUGAGCCUGAGCCCUAUGGACUGAGAAGGGUGCCCACCCCCUACCCUGUCUUCAUGACAACUGGAACGGUGAACUAUUUGGCAUGA